CAACUAUAUCGGAGCUCUACUGAACUAUGGAAAAACAGGGGUGACCCCGACAAUUAGUAUGAUGCGGGGAGAGGGAGCUCAUCGCAAGUGGGGGUAGGGAUUGACCUAAAGAUCUUGCAACUUUUAAUAUAGCGUGGCCGAGCGCCCUGAUUCAUGACAUGAGUGAAGGAGGAGUAUAAGAACAAAUAUACCCCAUUAUAGACGAUCUUCUAAAGUCAAAAAAGUCAAUCAUACCCAUCAAAUCAGCUCUCUUUCGCGCAAAACAAAUUGUGGAAAAGAUGACUACAACGAACGGGACGUCAAAGGCGGAGGGUGCUCAACCCCCAGCGGGCAAGAAGCUUCUUAUUCUCAAUGCCUUCGUAAUGAUGUGCAGUGGACAUCAAUCCCCAGGAUUAUGGCGUCACCCGAAAGAUCAAUCGCACCGAUUCAAUGAGCUCGAAUACUGGCAAGACCUCGCAAAGCUGCUCGAGAAAGGUAAAUUCCACGGCAUGUUCAUUGCGGAUGUCCUUGGGGGAUACGAUGUGUAUAAGGGCCCUCAAAACCUCGAGCCAGUGAAGGUAUCGGGCGCACAAUGGCCAAUCAAUGAGCCAUUGCAGGUUGUGCCGGCCAUGGCGGGUGUCACGAAGAAUCUUGGGUUCGGAGUCACCAUCGCGACAACAUACGAGCAGCCAUACCAUCUAGCAAGGCGGAUAUCGACAGCAGAUCACCUUACAAAAGGCCGUUUAGCGUGGAACAUUGUGACGGGCUAUCUCGAUUCCGCAGCGAGGAACCUGGGACAUACAUCACAGCCAAACCAUGCCGACCGUUAUGCCGCAGCGGAUGAAUACAUCGAGGUCAUAUACAAACUCUUAGAGUCGUCAUGGAGAGACGAUGCCGUGGUCCUUGAUGCGAAGCGAGGAGUAUACACAGAACCCAGCCGUGUCCGGAAGAUUGACCACGUUGGCAAGUUUUAUAACGUCCCAGGACCGCAUAUCUGCCAGCCCAGCCCACAGAGAACCCCAGUAUUAUGCCAGGCAGGCACCUCAAAGUCCGGGCAAGCAUUUGCCUCGAAGAAUGCCGAGGUGGUUUUUGUUGCCGGCCACAGCCCGUCGGUCAUCAAGAAGAACGUGGCUGCAAUUAGAGAGCAAGCGGCGGAAAAUGGGAGAGAUCCUCAGAACGUCAAGUUCUUGACUAUGCUAUGCCCAAUUCUUGGGAGGACGCAAGAAGAAGCCGAGGCUAAGUACGAAGAAUACACGAACCUCGCAUCUGUGGAUGGCGCACUUGCGCUUUUCGGAGGGUGGACAGGAAUCGACCUUGACACAUAUGAUGACGACCAAGAGCUCCGUCAUGUCGAGAGCAAUGCAAUUAGAUCCGCCGUUGAAGGAUGGUCAAAGUCAUUACCAGGAGUUGCGAAAUGGACGAAGCAUACUGUGGCAAAGCACAUCGGGGUUGGUGGCUUGGGAGCAACUGUCGUGGGAACACCAGAAAAGGUAGCAGACGAGCUUGAACGCUGGGUCGCUGAGGCCGAUGUUGAUGGCUUCAAUAUUGCAUAUUCCAUAACACCCGGCAGCUUUGAAGAUGUUAUCGAGCUGCUGCUUCCGGAAUUAAAAAAGCGUGGUAUCUUCCAUGAAGAUUAUGAGGUUGAUGGUGGCACAUACCGCGAGAAUCUCUACAAGAGGCCAGGCCAGUCUGGUCUGCUGCCCGAUCACCCAGCGGCACACUAUAGAUGGCGUGUCCCCGAGGAAGAUUCCCAAGCGAAUAACAAGCGUAAGCGUGAAGAUAAUGAUACGAAGCCAUAGUCAACAAAUGAAAUGAAGAUCUUAGCCUUUC